GCCUCUACCUUGUCAUGGCGUCGUUCCGUGCACUCCUUGUGUUGGGCUUGGCAGUUCAGCUGUGCCCCUCCCAAUCCCACGACUCCUUAGAAGUAUAUUAUGAACUGCAGCCUCCCAAGCAUGAAUAUCAACCUCCCAAAGAGUACGACGCUCAGGAACCUUCUACGAUAUACGGCUUUCAAGUGUUUAAGAAAGACGACUAUCAGGAACCUGUCAAGGGAUACAACUACCAGGAACCUCAUAAGAAAGACGACUACCAGGAACCUCUCAAGAAGGAUGGAUAUCAGGAACCCCUGCUAGUCUCUUAUCAAGAACCUCCGAAGACGUACCAAGAAGUAACUACGAAGAUCUCUUACCAGGAGCCUGUUGAGAUAUAUAAGGAACCACCACAAACCUCCUACGGAGAACCGUCCAAGGCGUAUGAUUAUCUGGAACCUUCCAAGGCAUUCAACUACCAAGAACCUUCUAAGAAGGCCGAUUACCAGGAACCUGUAAUAGUUUCUUACCAAGAGCCUCCGAAGACCUCAUACAAGGAGCCCUCCAAGAAGGACGGAUACCAAGACCCUGUGAAAACUUCCUCGGAGGAAUCUUCCCAGGAGUAUAACUAUCAGGAACCUGCAAAGACAUAUGAAUACCAGGAACCUCAAAAGAAGGAUGACUACCAAGAACCUGCAAAGACGUAUGAAUACCAGGUACCUCAAAAGAAGGAUGACUACCAAGAACCUGCAAAGACGUAUGAAUACCAGGUACCUCAAAAGAAGGAUGACUACCAAGAACCUGCAAAGACAUAUGACUACCAGGAACCUCAAAAGAAGGAUGACUACCAGGAACCUGCAAAGACGUAUGACUACCAGGUACCUCAAAAGAAGGAUGACUACCAGGAACCUGCAAAGACGUAUGACUACCAGGAACCUCAAAAGAAGGAUGACUACCAGGAACCUUCCAAGACCUAUGGCGGAGAGGAUGCCUAUAGGGACGACUACCACGAACCCUCCAAAACAUACAGUUAUCAGGAACCCUCUAAAGCAUUCGUCCACCAGAAAUCUACGAAAGCUGAGUACCAGAAAUCCCUUGACUAUAAAUACAAGGAGCCUUCUUAUGAUUCUCGGGAACAUGACGCAGCUUACCUGGCUUCGCUGUCCAUCAACAUUCCAGGUGGAGGCGUACCAGGAAAGGAUUACCCUAUACUAGCUACCGUGCCAUACACUGGCUUUUCAUGUGAUGGUUUGGAGUACCCAGGCCACUAUGCAGACUACAGGGCACGAUGCCAAGUGUAUCAUAUUUGCCAGAAAGAUGGGCGCCACAGUUCUUUCUUGUGCCCUAACGGGACCGUAUUCAGCCAGUGGUAUUCAGUGUGUGACUGGUGGUUCAACGUAGACUGCAAUGGUGCUCAAACCUGGUUUGUAUAUACCAGGAAUGGAAUCAUUUUAGGGAAGGACGCAGAUUCCUCUCGUCCAGUGGGAGCGUUUAGUCGUCUGCCUCCAAAACCUCGCAUCGGUCGCGUUUCUAAAGGUCUUGUGACCUCGGGGGAUUAUGUGCCCCCUGUGGAAUCGUCUAAGGUAUCCUACUCGGCCGAAGAAUACGACAAGAGCGUUCCUACCCCAGUUAUCUAUGAAGUGCCUCUUAUAUCUCAUAGUUCUUCAUCAGAAUAUGCCGUGGAAUAUAAACAGAGUACCACUACGGAGCCCCAAAGGAAUUAUGAACAUGACUCGUCAGAAGACAGUUACGAGACAGGAACUCAAAGGAAACCCCUGGGCACAAGCCAAGAAUCCUACACCUCAAAGCCCCACGUCAACAACUUCGCCAGACGGGUCGUGAUCAGUGUACGAAACAAAGCCGACGCAAAAAAGCCCACAAGCCGAUACGUUACCGACGUCGACUCGAACGAACACGACGUCUCCACGACAGACGUCUCCCACUUCAGGCAGGGGCACGUGAAGCCUUUAUUCCGAGACUCCGUCCGGCGCUUCGAAACAAAAAGAACCACGCUUGUGCAUAGUCCUCGGCUUCCUCCUCCUGAACGAAGCCUAAUCACCCUCUACAGGAAUCCACAGUAACGUACUUCGUAAACACUCCUAGCGUACGAGGCUGAAAGGAUUAAUAAUAUACUAUGCUGUGUUGCCUGAUACAAAGUCACACUUUCUUCUCAGUACAUUAUAUAUAGAAGAAAAGCAAAAGAAAAGAGAAAAAGGAGAAAACGAUUUAGACACUGUUGGCUAAGUCUUAACAAAGUUGUGUUCUGAAUGCAUUUUCUCUUUGCUUAUUUUAUGAGUGCAGGUGCUUAUCAGUACAGGCCAUUUUUUUGUGUAAAUUGAAAAUAAAUACACUAAAACUAGUAUAUCCUGUCGUUUCUCGUUAUGGUUCCACGUCCUUGAUGAAGUUGGUAAUUUAAGUUGCGUUCGUAGAUAACUGUUCCAAGGAUAUUUAUAAUUUUCUCAGAUUAUUUCCACAUCUAUAUUCAGCUUCAUUAUGUUAAUAGCACGAUGACUGCCACAAUGUAAUUAUUGAUGUGCUUGUGCUUGUAAUAUAUGUAUACGCGAUAUGGAAAUACACAUAUAAACAUGUA